AUGCAGCCCAUACGGCUGCCAGAGCCGGAGCUGCCGGGCGGGGCCACGCCGGAGAUCUUCGCCGCAGGCAGCAGCGCAGCGGUGGUGCGCCGCGCCGUCGUCAUCGGCAACGGCUGUGCCGGCGCUGAGAGCCAGUGCCUCGGACUCCUCUGCGCGCUCGGCCUCGCCAACCGCCUCACGCUCUACCGUGCUACGAGGCCAACAGGAGGAAUCAACAAGUGGCUGAACUUUCUCCCAAUCUCCUUUCAUAAAUUAGUGGACCAAUUUCUCAGACAGGUAUUUUCUGAUACGAGGUUUGCCGCAGUGGUUCAAGGAAAAAAAUUGGCACAGUAUCCUGUGCAUAACAGUCAAUCAUUUGGAUUGUCUUCUGUACUGGAAGCAGAUUCACAAAGAAUAGUGACCAUGGUUCGUGGUACCUUUGAGAAGGAUGGUCCAGCGCUGGUUGUUGCUUGUGGCCGAGAUACCAUAUCAUAUGCAAGUUCCAUAAGGCGUUUAGCUCCAGAUAAUGUAUUUGUCAUUCAGAUACAACAUCCUAGGUUCUGCCUUGAUAGGUUUGAUUUAGUCGUGACUCCUUGUCAUGAUUACUACGCUUUAACUGCAAAGGGACAACAGGAAGUUCCACGCCUUCUCCGAAGAUGGAUUACUCCACAAGAACCACCUGGUUCAAAUGUGGUAUUCCUGACUGCUGGCGCACUACACCAAGCAGAUUCUGCUGCAUUACGCUUUGCUGCUACAGACUGGCAUGCUGAACUUGCUCCUUUGCCAAAGCCAUUAGUAGUAGUAAACAUUGGAGGACCAACAAGAAACUGUAAAUAUGAUCUCGACCUUGCCAAGCAGCUGGUAAACUCACUACACAAUGUUUUGAAGACAUGUGGAAGUGUUAGAAUUUCAUUUUCUAGGAGAACACCACGAAAGGUGUCUAAUCUUAUAUUGAAAGAGUUCAGUACACAUCUUAAGAUUUAUAUUUGGGACGGUGAAGAACCUAACCCGCACUUGGGCCAUCUUGCAUGGGCUGAUGCUUUCAUCAUAACAGCAGAUUCUAUAAGCAUGCUAAGCGAGGCGUGCAGCACUGGGAAGCCUGUUUAUGUUAUUGGAACUGAGCAAUGCAGGUGGAAAUUCUCAGAUUUUCACAACCGUCUACAUGAGCGUGGGGCUGUCCGCCCUUUCACUGGAUUGGAAGAUAUGUCACAUAGCUGGAGCUACCCUCCCCUGAACGAUGCUGUUGACGUGGCUGCACGGGUUCGUGAGGUUCUUGCAAAACGUGGAUGGACGGUGGGCUAACAGUAACCGAAGCAGAGAAUGAGAAUGCCAUUUUUGGCCAGUUCUCUUUCAAGUUCAGAUAGUUAAAGGACUGCACUUCGGUCAUGUCCUGUUUGCGAGACAAAAGCAGAAACUGCUUGUGUGCGAUUUCCAUGAAACGCAGCCCCUUUUUUUACCCAUACCUCAUGAUUUUUUGAGCAACCAUGCCUCCAAAAGUGUGGAGUCCUGAGAU